GAACUGACUGAGCCACCCAGACACCCCCAGAGCUCCUAUUCUAACUAAAAGAAGGAAUGAAAAUCCUCCCUGGGAUCUCAGGGCUCAGAGGUCCCUGGUGACCUUAGGAAGAGUUGCUUCAGCGGAGUGGUGGGCACUGAAGGCCGACCAGAGCAAGCCAGGCCUGGAGAGAGAAAGAACUUGCUGAUGCACCGUGAGGAGCUCAGGCACUGGGCAGCCUCUAGUUCCAGCACCUUCUAAGGCUAGAGCAUCAGAGCCAAGGUGUCACUCCUGGGACAUCCUCCAGCCAGGGACAGACACAGAAACUAGGGCCUGACCAUUUCUACCAUGAGGAUCUACUGACCACAGCUCUGGAAAGAAAAGAAGAAGAAAGGUCUGUGUUGAUUUGCUUUUGGGGGAUCCUUCCCCCUCCUAAACUCCUGGGGGCAGAAAAAGUGAUUGGAAAUUUGACCUUGGAAAGACUGUGGAAGAGGGGACAGAAAGAGCCUAGAACAUUCCCCCAGAUGUUCCAGCUGUGACUUCUCCACCGCCCCUUGAUGGGACCCUCCGAAAGGCCGUGCCCUGGCUGGAUGCUCCGGGAAGCAGAGAUGCGAAUUGAUCCCCAGCGGACAGAGAGGAGCAGGGGUUGGAGGCCAGGAGACAGGAGCAACGCCCCUCUACCCCUCCCCCCAGCCCUGUCCUUCUUCCUCCUCUUGCCCCUGGCCGGUGCCCUCCAGCCCGCCCCACUGCCCUUUCCAGAGCUGAGGCUGGUGGGGGGCCCCAGCCGCUGCCGGGGGCGCCUGGAGGUCUUGCACGGCGGCUCCUGGGGCAGCGUCUGUGACGAUGACUGGGAUGUGGUGGAUGCCAACGUGGUGUGUCGACAGCUGGGCUGCGGCCUGGCGCUGCCCGUGCCGCGGCCCCUGGCCUUCGGCCAAGGCCGAGGCCCCAUCCUGCUGGACAACGUGGAGUGUGGCGGGCAGGAAGCCGCGCUGAGCCAGUGCCGCAGCCGAGGCUGGGGCGUCCACAAUUGCUUCCACUACGAAGACGUGGCUGUCCUAUGCGAUGAAUUCUUGCCCACGCAGCCGCCAACAAGGAGAGUGUUCACGAGUAGGGUGCCCUCUACAACUCCCCAGCACGGGAAAGGUGAGGGCAGCGUGCGCCUGGUGGGGGGCACGGGCCCGUGCCAGGGCAGGGUGGAGAUCCUGCACGGCGGCCUGUGGGGCACCGUGUGCGACGACGACUGGGGGCUGCCGGAUGCUGCCGUGGUCUGCCGCCAGCUGGGCUGUGGGGCCGCCCUGGCCGCCACCACCAACGCCUUCUUCGGCUACGGCACGGGGCACAUCCUGCUGGACAACGUACACUGCGAAGGCGGGGAGCCCCGCCUGGCUGCCUGCCUAAGCCUGGGUUGGGGUGUGCAUAACUGCGGCCACCACGAGGACGCCGGCGCGCUCUGCGCAGUGCUGGGCCCCCCAACUCUUACAGCACUACCACCCUUGGCCACAAGAGAGGACUGGGCCUGGCACACGGAGCCAGAAGCUACAGGAGUUGGUGCCCUGCCUUCCAGGGAGAUGGCACUGUUCACCACCGCUACCUGGGCCGCGGGGAAGAAAAGUAAGUGGCAGAGCCAGGGUUCUGGGGAGGGUGGGCGAGGGUGGGGCUGGGGCUCUGGAAGCCAGAGGUCGCAGCCCAGCCCCUAUGGCCGCGGGCCUCUGCGCCCCGCAGGCGGGCGGCUGCGGCUGGUGGGCGGCCCAGGCCCGUGCCGCGGCCGCGUGGAGGUGAUGUACGCCGGGGGCUGGGGCACCGUGUGCGACGAUGACUGGGACUUCGCGGAUGCGCGCGUGGCCUGCCGCGAGGCGGGCUGCGGGCCUGCGUUGGGCGCCACCGGCCUCGGCCACUUCGGCUACGGGCGCGGCCCGGUACUGCUGGACAACGUGGGCUGCGCCGGAACGGAGGCCCGCCUGAGCGACUGCUUUCACCUGGGCUGGGGUCAGCACAACUGCGGCCACCACGAAGACGCCGGGGCGCUCUGCUCAGGCCCAGAGGAGCUAGGACUGCAAGUCCAGCAGGAUAGUUCUGAGACCACCCGGGUACCCACUCCUCGGCCAAGGGACGGGCACCUGCGUCUGGUCAACGGAGCCCACCAAUGUGAGGGGCGUGUAGAACUCUUCCUAGGGCAACGGUGGGGCACUGUUUGCGAUGACGCCUGGGACCUGCGGGCAGCCACUGUCCUGUGCCGCCAGCUGGGCUGUGGCCAGGCCCUGGCAGCUCCCGGCGAGGCCCACUUUGGCCCAGGCCGAGGCCCUAUCCUCCUGGACAAUGUCAAAUGCCGAGGGGAUGAGAGUACUCUUCUGCUCUGUUCUCACAUACGCUGGGAUGCCCACAACUGUGACCACAGUGAGGAUGCCAGUGUCCUGUGCCGGUCAUUGUGACCCAGCCCGUUCUGCAGACCAUCUCUUCUGGGAGCCUGCUGUGGCUUCUCCCUCUUCCUCCAGGAAGCCCUCCUCCUGUGACAACUUCAGUUCACCCUACCCUUCCCUCCUCUUGCCUGGGAGAGAACACACUCAGACAGUGUGGUCCUGCCUGGAGGAGCCUAGAGCCGGACUCUACCCAUCAACUUUCUGUGUGACCUCACCUGUCAUCAGCUACCAUGGGCCCGGUUCAGUGAGAGCUCCCACUUUCUGCACAGCCAAAACAUAAAGUGGGGAGAAGGGAAUGACUUAACUCUCUUCUUUGGUGGGGCUCCUGUUAGAGCAUCUUCCUGGAGCCUGGUCCAGGAGGCUCAGGGGCUCUCUGUAAAUGGGGUAUCUCCCUUACCCCCACCCAUACUGGGAUUCUCCAAGAAGAGGGAAGGCAAGAGAGGCCCACAGCUCUUAACUUUGACUGUCUAGGGCUGCAGAAGAACCCCGGUCAUUGCCCUGGCCUUCUCCAAGAGGGCCCAGACUCAGAUGGUGCUUGGCUGGACAAGGGGACUGGAAGGGCCAAAGCAGGGACAGUGGCCCCUCCCGAGCAGCUGGAACCAGCAUCUCUGAUUUAUGCUGCCCCCACCACAGAGCCCCCACUUUGCAGUAGCAAAGAACCCUGGGGGACUGUAGCCACCUGUUCAUAGGUGCCAAGUCAAUAAAGCAUUGUCCCCCCCAA